AUGGUGAACAUGGGGAUGCAGUUAGAAGAUGGUGUCCGAGAGGGUCGAUUAUCUAAAGAAGAGACGUCUACGAGUAAGAAAUAUGGCGGUAAUUUCUCCAAGAAGAAGGAAGGGGAAACCAAUGCAGUGCCUGUAGGGAGGAAAAUGAGGCCUCCUAUGAGGAAGAAUGUCAGACCUCGCCAGCAUCAUCAUCAGGUAUCGUCAGUUACUCCUAUUUUUACCAACAAUCCAGCAAAUCAAUCAGUACCUGUUCCGCAACAACAUCAUCAACAACAACAUGCCUACAACAAUCACUACAAUAAUAAUCAACAAAAUUUUGAGAGGAAGAAGGGAGCCCCUGGCCAUGACAUUGAAAAUUACUAUCCUUUGAAGCAUGAGGUCCAAAAAUUUAUCAAGAGUGGUAUGGUGUCCUUUGAGGACUGCGCGCCUAGUGUCAAAGCUAAUCUGUUGCCCGCUCAUGGAAAUGCUUCUGUGAAUAUGGUAGAUGGCUAUCUUGGGAAUUUUAGGGUUUUUGAUGUUCGUCAUAUUCGCCAUGUCAACCCUCGAGGAUGUGUGAUUGCCAAGAGGGAUAUUCAGAAGUUGAUAGAUGAAGGUGUAAUUCAGAGCCAGCAAUCUAGACAUAUGGAUAAUGAUGUAAAUGUUAUCGUGCCAGUGUUUAAAGCUCCUGAGCGAGUAGUUAUCCAAUAUGACAAUAGCAAGAAUGACAAUAGAUCGAUAUUGUCAUUGGUAAUACGGUUAGUGGGCCCCGUCCUGUAUUCAUCCGCUAAAGUUAUACCUUAUAAAUACAAUGCUACUAUGAUUGAGAAUGGGCAAGAGGUUCCUCUUCCCACUUCAAAUUCAGUAGUGAGCAUUGCAUAUGUCAUCAAGGUGACCCAUAGCGGUCGUGUAUUUGGCUUAGUAUCUCCUAAGGUCACGGAAGAUGUUUCUAAGAAGGCAAAUGUUCCUUCAGUUGAUCUUGUUAACGCUCCAGGUUGUCAGUCUGGUGAAUCUAGCGGGUUAAAGGUUAAAGAUAAUGAUAAUGAUGAAGUUUUUCAUUUAAUCAAAAAGAGUGAGUUCAACAUUGUGGAGCAGCUGCUCCAAACGCCAUCAAAUAUUUAUGUGUUAUCUUUAUUGAUGAACUCCGAAGCGUAUAAAGAAGCUUUCCAAAAAGUGUUGGAGCAAACAUAUGUAGAGAAUGAUGUCAUAGUGGAUCAGUUAUCUUAUCAAGGCGCACCUAUGAGGUACAUCAGUGUGGUGGUAAAAGCGUUUGAAGGUUCUCGUAAAAAUGUCAUUGGAGAGGUGGACCUUCCAGUCAAGAUUGGUGUGAGUGAAUUUCAGAUUACUUUCCUAGUAAUGGACAUUCAUCCGGCCUAUAACUGUUUACUGGGAAGGCCAUGGAUUCAUGAGGUUGGUGUUGUCACAUCUACUUUGCAUCAGAAGUUAAAAUUUGUUAAGAAUGGCAAGCUCGUCAUUGUUGGUGGAGAGAAAGCGUUGUUGGUCAACGAUUUAUCAUCCUUCACAUAUGUAGAAGCUGAAGAAGAAGCUGGUGGCACCGACAAGUGGGGUCGCGUUGUAUAA